UAUCUCUUUGGCUAGAUCCUCACUUAACAAGGAUUUUCGGGAUCACGCCGAGCAGCAGCACAUAGCAGCGCAGCAGAAGGCUGCUUUACAGCACGCUCAUGCCCAUUCUUCAGGAUAUUUUAUAACACAAGACUCAGCCUUUGGGAAUCUCAUUCUGCCUGUAUUACCACGGCUAGAUGUAGAGUAAGAGAAAAUUCAUGAAACAGAAAACAUCUGGAUUCAUCUAAGCUGCUUUUUCAACUUUUAGGGAAUCAUUUGUGAAAAGAACUGAGAAUUGUUCAAAAUGGUUUUGAUUUUGAAUUCCUGAUAUUUUGGUUUUGGGAGACAACAUAAAAUGUAUUCUGGAAAUAUGCUGCUUUUAUUCUACUACAUAUGCAUUGUAUAAAGAACCUGUUUUCAUUUUCUAGUACACGUGAAUAAGGCUUUAAAUCAGAAAAUGGAGAGGGGAAGGAAGUACAGUGUCUCUGUAACAGAAAGAUCUAUAACUCUUACUACCCAUUUAUUAAAUAGGUUAUGCAUAAAUUUUACUGGUGAAUUGUAAUAGUUCCUAAUACCAUGAAAAGUAGAAUGUUGGAGUUUGCAAAUGAGAAAUAACUACAUGCAUGGGACAAAUGUUUCAGAUAAAUGUAAUGUUUAAUUUAACAUAACUGGUUAGUUGAACUCUUUUCAAAGGCUUCCGCCAUAAGACAGAAUCAUCUGGAAAAGUGAACAAUCGCAACAGAAAGAUAGGUGCAAAAAGAAUAUACGAUUUCCCAAACCAAGAUGGCUUCAUCUCAUGAGGUUCUGAUAGUGUGAUUGCCAGGGACGUUUCAAAAGAUGAAGUUUGAAAGUACAUAUUUUAAGACAAUAUUCAUCUAAUUGUAUAUAACUGCCGGUUGGCAGCGUCUCAUUUGUGUGAGUCUCAUAGUCAGAAUCUGGCAUUUGUCUCUUUUCUUUUUCUUCCACGGAGGAAAACUUCAUGCGCAGACAAGAUUGAGACUUCAAAUGGACAGAUGGUCUUAGCAGUUGGAGCAAAUGCUACCUGCCGAAUUCUCAUUUAUCAUGUACCUCUUAAGGGGGGAAAAAACGCUAAAGCAUACACAGGAGACAUUCUGGUGUAGUUUUCUCACAUCUGUUUUAUCAUGAACAUUUGUUUGUUAUACACAAAGUUAGGACUACAUUUAUCUUAUCUAGCUCCUUGGCUUUCCAGCAUCUCCUCUUCUAGAUGUACUGCCAGCAAUGGACGACAGCGAUCAGAAGUAGAUUCAAGGGAGCCAAGGGACAGAUGUGCUAUUAUUGAAGCGCCUGCUGUUUCCUCAGCUAUAAGUAAAAACAACUAUUACCAAAAGUGUUGAUUAACAGGCACGCUCAAGUGAAUGUUCGGCUGUUCUUAGUCUAGUAGCAUACAUUUGUACACCAAGGAUUCCUAAAUGUUCUGUCAUCACCUCUGCCUUUAGUGUAAUCUUAAUACACACACCUCCAAAUCAACAAGGAAAACAAUGAAAUGUUGGAAAAGGUGGGUUUAUUGUAACAAUGUAACUAAAAAAAUUCUUCACACCUGGCUUGGACUCUGCAUCUCCCCAAGAAAGGUGCAAUUUACAGUUUGGGAAACCCUGAUGUAUAAGCUGGGUAGUUAAUAUCUCAGAAGCCUCACCAGUUUCACAGAAUAAGCCAGCUAGACUGAAUUUGACAGAAUUUUAUCAUUCUUUGGCAUGGGGGAUUUUGAUGAAAGUUGCUUCCUAAGAAAUCCCAAUGUAAUUUGUUGAGAGCAUUUAUACUGUUUUUGAGUUUUCUAAUGCCAAAUAUUCCAGCAGUCUGAAUAAAGACAGUCCCAAUUAUAA